AUGCUUCACUCUUCACUCUCACCCCUUCAACCCUUCUUACAAAAAUACCCUUCCUCCGCUCCCUCCCUCAUACAGGCAUACUCAGACCUCCUCUUCACACAACACUGGACAGAACUCACACUACUCGACCUUCCCGUGGGAAGAGUGGCCAUAUCCGGCCAUAAACCGACUGAACAAGGUGCCAAACUCGUCCUCCCUUGCUCGCUAGACGAGUCCCUCUCUCUCCACUGGCUCUCCCAAGUCUUCGCCGCCCUCGGACCUCAAGUACCCGAGCUCUACCUCGGGAUCGUCAGCCCUGACUCCUCAAUAGUCUACUACAAGAUCUCAAAGGGCAUCGUCAAGCCGCCUAUGUGAUCUAUCCAUCCGUCCCUGUUCGCAUCACAGCAUAUCUAAGCGGCGUGACGCGGCGCGAAGGGGAGGGGAUGGGAUCAACACGGACCGAGGAGAGCAAGAUACGGCUCUUAGCUGCCGGGAUACCUAUCUAGGAUUAGGAUUUGCAGAGCUUGAUCUCGCUUUCCUCUUCGCUCGGUAACCUCCGUCCAGGCGAAUGACGUCAUAUCAUGUACUCUAUGUACAGUACCGUAUUGUACGCCGAUCGCCGUACUUCCCAGUAGUAGGAAACAAGCACUCCAUACGCCCC